UUAUUAAAAUAAUCUUGUUUUGUGUUACCUCUAUCAUUCUCCGCCAGACGUGAAUCCUCGCCGAGCCUCCGUCCGUUGACGCCACUUUUGUAACGUUUGACAUAGCAAAAUAAGCAGCCGCCACUGUAAUUCAAGCACGCCAUUGGUUUGUAUUGUGAUUUUUCAUUUCUUCUUCACCUUUCCUCCUAUUUCUACUGUAAAAAAAGUUCAUUGUAGCGAAAUGCAUCCGAGGCAGUCGUGACAAAGAUGCGGGCCGUGAUCUGCCGCUUUUUCUGCGAUUAACUAUCUAGUCUAGUGAUACGAUCGAGACAUCAGGUAUUGUUUGGUCCUGAGUAUGCAUGAGUUCAAUGCUUUGUAGCAAACGACCGUUAAUGAUGAACAUAUAUUGCUUUGGAAGGAAUCUUACCACUGCAUCAUGCUCUUUGUCUCCAGUGCAACUUCCAGCACAAAAAGAAGCACAUCUUUGGUAUGUUUUACCUGAUGAGGUAAAGUGCCCAAACCUAUUGAACAGAUGUUUUGAAAUAUUAUCACCUUGUGAGAAAGAAAAUGUACUCCGUAUGCGCGGGGAAGAGCUGAAGAAAAGUGCACUCCUAGCUCGUGCAUUGGUUCGCACUACAUUAGCAAGAUACCAGACAAAUUGUCAGAUUGAUCCAAAAUCCUUGAAGUUUAGGAAGAACAAUUAUGGCAAGCCUGAGGUAGACUGGCAAUAUGCUGAUGAUUGGAACCUACCACCACUACAUUUUAAUAUCUCGCACACUUCUUCUUUGAUAGCAUGUGGAGUAACUGUGGGCUCACCGAUUGGUAUUGAUGUGGAAGAGAAGCAAAGGAGGUUAAAGAAUGACAUUUUAGCCUUUGCACGUCGAUACUAUUCUCCCCAUGAAGUAGAAAUGCUGGCUCACAUUGAGGAUCCCGAGCUACGACGUCAUGAGUUUAUAAAAUUAUGGACUCUGAAGGAGGCAUAUGUUAAAGCACUCGGAAGGGGCUUCUCAGCUUCACCUUUUAAUACUUUCACUAUUCGAUUAAGAGACCAUAUGAAAGAAGGCAUCCACGUUCUUCCUCAUGUAAUUUCUAAGGAAAAUGAAAUUUCUGCUGAGCCUUCUGGUGACCUUGAGAAUCUCUCAAGCAAUUGGCAUUUUGUGCUUUUAGAGUUACUUGGUUCUCAUUAUGCUGCUGUUUGCAUAGAAAAGGACAGCACAAAUGAAGACAAAGGUAGCAUUCCAGUAAAUAUGACGAUACGGAAAACAAUUCCAUUUGUUGAAGACGAAUGUAUUUCUGGAACCGAUACUGUGGCAGUGAUUGGGGGCUUGAGUAAACUGCUAGUUUAGUAGUGAGAUUCUAUAAUAAAAUGGAAGUUUGCCAAUUACCUUUUAGAAUCAGUGUUCUAGUUUAUUUUAGAGCUAAAUUUUUCUUGACUGGGAAGGCUCUGAGAUGCUAUCUACUGAAGUUUUAGAGUAUGAUGUUUUUCCCCGUUUGUCUCGCUGAACAUGUUGCACUUGCAGAAAAUAACAAAUUUUUAAACAAAUUUUUAUUGCAAUAAUUUAUGUAAAAAUUUAUACUUUGAAUAA